UUCUGCAUCCAACUCGACGCGGUUUCUGGCCUACGUGCAGACAGACAUGAAUAAUCACUGGGAAAGAAAAGAGGAAGUUUCCUGAUCCAUUCAAAACAACAACGGUCUCCUGUUGUAGCCGGUGAAAGUAGUGAUGCUCCUGAAAAGCUUGUGUCUGGUCUUUCUCCUCCCGGCCUUGGUGGAGGCUCAGUAUGAGAAGUACAGUUUUAAAAGUUUCCCCCAGAAGGACAUCAUGCCACUGGAGUCUGCGUACGGCUACGCGCUAGAGCAGUACGCGGAGCAGAACUGGGGAGAGAGCAUUAGGUAUCUGGAGCUCAGCUUGCGGCUCCAUCGGUUGCUGCGGGACCGCGAGGCUUUCUGCAGCCACAAUUGCAGCUCCGUCAGCCGUGAGGACGACAAUUUGUCCGCCGACAGCAGCCUCCGCGUCGUACGCCACAUCCUGCUGAGGGCUGCGUGCCUUAAAAUGUGCAAGGCGAAUUUUCCUGUGUUUAACCUCUCAUACCCCCGAAAAGAUUUACUGGAAACUUUCGAGAGAAGGAUACCGUAUCGAUACAUACAGUAUGCAUACUACCAGCUUAACAACUUGGAGAAGGCUGUGGCAGCAGCUCACACCUUCCUGAAGAAGAACCCGACUGAUCCCUAUUUGACGAAGAACAUGAACUACUACAAGACACUGUUUGAUGUGGAAGAAUAUCUCAUCGACCACGAGGAGCAGCCAUACGAAAGUGUAUUUGUGAAGAGUGUGACGCUGUACAACAGUGGAGACUUCAGCAGUAGUGCCCGGCACAUGGAGCAAGCCAUCACGCAGUACUUUGAAAUAUACAGUCUCUGCUUAGCGAGCUGUGAGGGCUCAUAUGAGAUCUUAGAGUUCAAAGACUUCUAUCCCACCCUGGCAGAUCUCUACACUGAUGUGCUGAAAUGCAAGGUCAAAUGUGAGGAUUUCCUUACACCCAGCGUCGGAGGCUUCUUUGUGGAGAAGUUUGUGGCUACCAUGUAUCACUACCUCCAGUUUUCCUAUUACAAAUUGAACGAUGUGAAGAACGCAGCUCCUUGUGCAGCCAGUUACAUGCUGUUUGACCCCAAAGACAAGGUGAUGCAACAAAAUGUAGCGUACUAUCGCUUUUACAAGGAGCAGUGGGGCCUGGAGGAAAGUGACUUUCAGCCUCGACCCGAGGCCUUGAGGUAUUUUAACCAGACAACCAAACAGAAGGAGAUGCUGGAGUUUGCACUGAACUAUCUACAUACAGACGAUGAGGACGUGGUAAGUCCAGAAGAAAUGGCCACCUCUCACUCAGAGCAUCCUGAUGCUGAAUUUGAGGGGAUGGGGGACUAUGAGGAAUCCUUCCUGGCCAACUGGUGGCAGGAGCCCAAAACUAAGCAGGACACUGGAGAGAUCCUAGACUGACAUCUGUUCUCGUCCAUAAGCAGAACAUUUCCUCAUUCAGCAGUCUCCCACCUCUCGUGACAACAUACCAAAGAAUCGUGACCUCCUUACAGGCAAACAUUUAUUCAGAACAGUAUUUAGCUGAAAAAGCACAAAUCACACAGAGAUGUUCUCUUUAGCUCAUGUGAAGAAUUAAAAGACAAACGUAACCAUCAUGUUGAUCAAAAUCGUAGAUUGACAUAACCUGGCUUGGCUGCUAUCAGCCUAUUAAAUCCAUUAUUUUUAUUAUCAGUCAUUAGCAUGUUUGCUGACUUUUUUGAUGACUUUUCUACUGUUUUUAUUAAGUUUUAUUUAGUGAAAGCUUCAGUGCCAUGGAAGGUGACAUGUUGCUUUUCUUAUGAGGAACGAUUUGUCAACCUUGUUUUAAUUUGCUCGUAAUUAAAACAAUAUUUAAAUAUAUUUUUUGUUACUUAAUAUCAAAAUACCAUCAGCUGUAGCGACCAAUUUGAUCACAGUAGUGUUCAUUCAUUUUCUA